AUGGCUAAAUCGCAAAGGUUGAUCCUUUGUUUGAUAGUUGCCGUUCUCGCUUUAUUUAUUGGAACCAAUGCUAUUCCUAUCGUAAGGGAUGUAACAAAUCCUAUUGGGGUGAACGCACCGUCCACCUCCACCUCCACACCUGCCCCUGCAAAACCUACGCCAACGUCCUCCAAGUCCGCUACUGCUAGUCCAACUCAAAAGCCCUCACCAACUCCAACAACCAGUUCUGAUUCCAGCUCUGAUUCCAACACGGACUCUAACUCGGACUCUAGUCCCACCUCUAGCCCAAGCGAGGACAAUUCUGCUGCAGCCACAGCUACUCCGCCUAGUACUGGAUUACCUGGGACACAAUUGAAGACUUCUACCGGGCCCAUAGUAGCUGCCAGUGUCGUGUCCUCAUUGAACGACUUACAAAGGACUAUAUUGCAAGCCAAGAUAGAACCUUGUAAUUCGGGUUUCCCACAAGUUGCUGCAACAUUGAUUGGGGCUGCGAGGAGUUAA